GUGUGUGCGAGGCUGGAGAACACGCAACUCGCUGUUCGAGGCAAGCAGUGCGUAUCGCAACCAAUUCACUACCGGUCACCGAUCCAGUGUGAACGGUCACCCAUGCGUGCGCUGCUGAUACGCCCAUGGCCUAGCUUGGUGCACAAGUCAUUUUGGGAGUUCGUCAAGAGAACACUCCGGGACUCGGCAGCGUCGUCAGCCCUAUACCCAACUACAGUUUACGCCCUGUAAGUCCACUACCAGCCACCCCUUCCUCGUCAUUCCCACUUCCUACUCCAACCUGAGCACGGUCGGCGUUGUUCUUUCACGGCCUAGACACCGAGGACUUGAUAUUUUAUUUCAAAUUCCCGGGCACUGCGUUUGGACAAGUUACAAAGGGACUCGUCCUUGGAGAGCUAGCACCACACCAAAACGGCAGAGAAGCUAUAAUAACGACCACUCCCUUCCCCAGAGCUGAGCUGCCAGCCGAAAAGGUUUUUUGAGUAAACGCUAUUCUUUCGAGACCUCACCCGAUCUUCUCCGUCUGGAAUUGAGUUCCCGCCAACUGGACCUUAUUAACUGGUCAGCGCCUGUCAGCCGCCCCGGUGGCGUCAGCUAAAGGUCACGUGAACUCCCAUCAACCCCUCGUCCCUCACAUACGAGGGCAGUUUGGCAAAGUGUAAUUGGUGUCACGUGCUGUGAACGGGUCUCCUACAACUAAACCGGACCUCGUGUUGAACUAUUAGCGACAGAACGAACCGCGUGUCAUCUGCACUUUGAGGAACGUCCCAAUUAGUGCACGGUUCUUGACUUCUGAUGUUUUGCUAGAGUCUGGCCGUUUUGAGGCGCUUGCUUGAUGGACUGAAUGCCCUACCCUGUGCUUUACAAUUCAUGUGCGAAAAGAUAACUUGAUCGUCUCGCUGAGGGACAAAACACCUGGUUUUUUACAACGGAGGUUAUCAAAACAGACGUCUAACACAGCCAAAACAUCCCUUUGGUCCCCAGAUCGUCUGCUCAUGCUCUUGGAGGCGUAAGUUUGAGACUUCACCAUGGAAAACGAGCCGAACACGUUUACGGUGCGACUGUUCAAAAGACCACCACACGGACUGGGUUUCCUCGUGCGCAAGCGCAAAACUAACCCUCCGGUCAUCAUAUCCGACUUGAUCCCCGACGGCGUGGCGGACCAGUCGGGCCUGAUCCAGGUCGGGGACAUUCUCCUGGCGGUCAAUGGCGUCCAGCUUACCGAUGUCCCUUACUCCACGGCCCUGGAGGUCCUGAGGAGCGUCCCCAUGGACUCGCCCACGGUCCUGGUCAUGCGGGGCCCAGACGGCUACAGAACGCGGCUGGAGAGCAUUCUGACCCCGGACGGGGCGGUCAAAGUGGUGCGCGUCACCGAGGAGAUCAAUACAGAUUCCCUGUCGCGCGACAAAGGGUCGGGAAGGAAGAAGAGUAAGGGUCAUAGAGAUGCAGGAAAUAGCCCCCCACCGGUGGGGAAUCCUGUACCGUGCUGGCAGCGCAACCAUCCAACCUAUGACGCAGUUGGGGGGACCGCGUACGGUUCUGGGUCUACUUACCCCGGAACCCGGGGCAGAGCGGUGGAGGGAAGUUCUUAUCGCUAUGCUAGCCCUAUACGUAGCUCCAGCAGGACCAGACGUGAAUCCAGCCGCUCCCCUGCCCGCAGCAGCUUACCCGGUAGCCCCGUCAGGGGCUACUCCUACCGAGACCCGUCCGCCUGCUGCUGCGUGUCUAGCAGGCACCAGCAUGCCAGCGGGACCGAUUACCAGAAUGUGCUAGCGUGGAACGGCACCUUCCCAAGGGAUGUCUACCAGUUCCGGCUUGGCAUCGAGGACUUGUACAACUUCGACAGCCCUCGGCCCUCUGUCGACUACGAAUGCGACGGCGAUCGCUUACCGGCGAAGAAUUGUCUCCCGCAAGUGGAUGGCUCCCCGGAAAGGCCCUUUGAAUCGGUCGGCACACAAUGGCCCGAGCGCGUCAUUGUUGUGCAAGGCACUUCGCCUUCGUCACAGAAGAGGCCGUCGGUGGGAGCCGUGAAUGGGGUUGACCUCAGCGUGAAAGUCACCGCCAGCGAGCCCCGGCCGCAUAUAGGGCGGCAGGACUCCGCCACACAGAUCACAACCGAGGAGUCUAACCACGGAGACGCAGCCAUGUCCACCACCAGCAUCUUGCGAGCACCCCCGCCCCAGAAGAAUAGCCCGACCCUACCCUCCAAAGAAGUCCGCCCGGCGGCCUACCAGGGAGAGAUCAUACCCACCGAAGUUAACAACAACGCCGUCAAGCCGGCCAAGGUCUGCACUGCCGAGAUCGAGAUCCAGACCGACCUCAUGGGCUCACAGAUCGGCGAGAAUCAGUCGAGCAAGAACGGCACCAACAAGGGUUCCAACGGGGCCAACAAACCGAAAUUUGUUCGUCUGAAAAACCUCUUGGAUGGGAAACAGACAACAGACACAUUGCACCAGAAGUCUAUAGCCCCGCUACAAUGUAGCGAAUCUCGUUGCAUGGGUUCGAUCAUGUUCCCUCCUCGCAAGGCUGGAUCCCGCAGCAAGGAAACCAUUAUCGAGCAUGCCACAGACUUCAUCAACCAAUACUACACCCACAUCAAGAGGUUCGACACCCCGGCCCACAAGAAGCGCCUGCAGGUGGUGGUGGAAUCCAUUGAGAAGAAAGGCACUUACGACCUGACCGAGACCGAGCUGAUCCUUGGUGCCAAGACGGCGUGGCGUAACGCUCCACGCUGCAUCGGGAGAAUACAGUGGACAAAACUACAGGUCUUUGAUGCUCGUAACACGACCAGCACCCACCAGAUGUUCGACGCCAUCUGUAACCACAUGAACUACGCCACGAAUAAAGGCAAUCUCAGAUCGGCCAUCACCAUCUUCCCCCAUCGCACUGACGGCCAACAUGACUUUCGAGUCUGGAACACCCAGCUCAUCUCGUAUGCUGGCUACAAGCAGCCCGACGGUUCCAUCAUUGGCGACCCGGCCAACGUCGAAUUCACAGAGAUCUGCAUGCAGAAGUUGGGCUGGCAUCCCGACAAGCAAGGACGGUUUGAUGUGCUCCCGUUGGUUCUCCAAGCGAACGGUGAAGACCCAGAACUCUUCAACAUCCCGCCGGAUCUGGUCCUGGAAGUACAGCUUCACCAUCCAAAGUAUGACUGGUUUGCUGAUUUGGGGCUGAAGUGGUAUGCUCUCCCCGCUGUCUCGGCAUUGAUGCUGGACCUGGGGGGUUUAGAAUUCACGGCCUGCCCCUUCAACGGCUGGUACAUGGUGACCGAGAUUGGAGCAAGAGACAUCUGUGAUCCCAACAGACUCAAUCUCCUGGAGACUAUUGGUAAGAAAAUGGGGCUGGAUACCAAUAGCAACGCCUCGCUUUGGAAGGAUCAGGCCUUAGUGGAAGCCAACGUAGCUGUCAUUCACAGCUACCAGAAAAACAAUGUGACCAUCACCGACCACCACUCGGCCGCAGAGUCGUUCCUGAAGCACAUGGAGAACGAACAGCGCCUGCGCGGGGGCUGCCCCGCCGACUGGGUGUGGGUCGUCCCGCCCAUCUCGGGCAGUAUCACCCCUGUGUUCCACCAGGAGAUGCUGAACUACCAACUCAAGCCAUCCUACGAGUAUCAGGAUGCACCAUGGGCAACUCACGUAUGGAAAGCCAAGGACGAAGCAGCUGACGCUCAGAAGACUCGAAGACGCAGACGAACCUUCAAGGAGGUUGCCAAGGCCGUGAAGUUCUCAGCCAAACUAAUGGGCAAAGCGCUGGCCAAGCGCUUCAAAGCCACCAUCCUGUACGCCACGGAGACCGGACGAUCAGAGAAAUACGCCAAGUCAUUGUGCGAGAUCUUCAAGCACGCGUUCGAUGCUAAGGUGAUGUGUAUGGAGGAGUACGACGUGGUCCAUCUUGAGCACGAGACGCUACUGCUGAUUGUCACCAGCACGUUCGGUAACGGCGACCCACCAGAGAACGGGGAGGAAUUUGGGCGUUAUCUAAUGGAUCUUGCCCGCGAUUCAAGCGACGACCAACCAGAGAGCCGUGCCCUCCGCUUCGAUAAAUACUUUGCAGCGCCCUCAACGCCAAGCCAGAAAGCUGCUGGACUGUCCAACUUAAGCGAGAGUUCGGGCGUUCUGGCCAACGUAAGGUUCGCCGUCUUUGGUCUGGGCUCGACAGCUUACCCCAAUUUCUGUGCUUACGCCCGCGCCGUGGACACCCUAUUGGGAAAUCUUGGAGGCGAGAGAAUCUUAGACAUGGGUGAAGGAGACGAGCUGAGCGGCCAGGAGGAAUCUUACCGAAAAUGGGCUCAGGAGGUUUUCAAGCAAGCGUGUGAUACCUUCUGCGUGGGCGAGGGCAUCAACAUGAACGAGGCCAACGCCUCGCUGAUGGAAAACGACCAGUCGUGGACGGCCGACAAGUUCCGCAUCGGCCUGGAGGACACCCAUCCGGCGGUAGAGAGGUGCGAGGGGCUGUCCAAACUCCACGGCAAGAAGGUGUUGCCUUGCAUCCUGCUGGCUAGGAAGAACCUACAGGCGCCUGAAUCAAGUCGGUCUACCAUCCUCGUGCACAUGGACACCCAGGGCGCAUCUGAGCUGCUGUAUGACCCGGGCGAUCACGUGGCCAUUUGUCCCAGCAACGAGAAAGACCUGGUCGACCGUAUCAUCAAACGAGUCGACCUUGGGGAGCGGUCACCGGAUGAUGUCAUCAAAGUGGAGUUUAUGCAUGUCAAACAAACGCCUCUAGGCAUAAUGAAGGCCUGGAUUCCCACCGAUCGGAUUCCGCUCUGCUCGCUACGAGGUGCCCUGGAGCAGUACCUGGACAUCACCAUAGCGCCCUCUCCCAACUUUCUGCGUCAGCUGGCUGCCAUGGCAACCGCACAGAAAGAAAAGACCACCCUGGAGUUGCUCAGCAAAGACACGCGCAGUUACGAAGAGUGGAAGUUCGACCUGAGCCCCAACCUGGCCGAGGUGCUGGAGGAGUUUCCGUCCGCCAGGCCGCCUGCCUCCUUCCUCCUGACCGAGCUGCCGCUGCUUAAGCCCCGCUUUUACUCCAUCAGUUCCAGCACCCGCAUGUACCCUGGCGAGAUCCACGCCACGGUGGCCGUGGUCAAUUAUCGAACACGAGGUGGAGAUGGCCCGUUGCAUCAUGGUGUCUGUUCCUCAUGGUUGAACACCAUCAAGAUUGGGAGGGAGAUUCCAGCUUUUAUCAGAACGGCGCCCAAUUUCCACCUGCCCGAAGAGCGUUCCGACCCGCUCAUCAUGGUUGGCCCUGGAACAGGCAUAGCCCCCUUCCGCAGCUUCUGGCAACAACGCCAAAUAGACAUGCGCAUGGCAAAGGAUGUUGGGAGGGACAACUUUGGCGCUAUGACCUUGGUGUUCGGUUGCAGACAGUCCACGCUGGACGAUCUCUACAGGUCUGAGACCAGCGAAGUCGUCAAGGAAGGUGCGCUGAAAGAGGUCUUGACAGCUCUUUCAAGAGAAAAGGGAAAACCGAAGACCUACGUCCAGCACAUCCUCAAGGAGCGAGGCAAAGAGGUUUUCAAACUAAUCAGUGAGAACAAGGGACAUUUUUACGUCUGUGGAGACGUGUCCAUGGCAGCUGAUGUCUGCAAUACCUUAGAGCAGAUUGCUUCCGAGCACGGUAACAUGACUGCUGAAGAAGCCAAGAAUUACGUCAUUAGUAUGAGGGACCAGAAUCGCUACCACGAGGACAUCUUCGGCGUCACCCUCCGGACAGAGGAGGUCAAGAACAAGGUACGAUCGGCCAUGCGGCGGGCUCAGGUCUACAUCACGGGGGCCGACAGCAAGUUGACGCCCGCCAUCAAGAUGAACGACAACGGAGUGGUGGGAGGCAGGAACUCCGUGCAUACCAAGUCCAUGGAAGACGUGAGAAAUAAGACGGAUUUGGAUCUCAUUAUCCGGAGGCCAUUCUCUAAGUUGAUUCUCCUGAAACCUCGAAGGGAUAUGGACCUCAACCGUCCCCCGUCCCCGACUACCGAGCUGAUGCAGAUGAAGCAGCCCCGGAUCGGCCGUCGUUCCAUCACGGCCACGGUCCUGAUGAGCGACGAGGAACUUAAAGAGCUAAACCGAACCUUCGACGCUGAGCAGAACGCUCGCUCCAACGCUAUCAAUGGCCACCCUGAAGGAAAAAAGUGAAGGAAAAAAGAAGUAAUCGAUCGAGGAGGGGUGUGCUAUUCCCGUGGUGUUCAUCGGUAACUAUACAAUCGGCAUCUCGUGGCUGAAGCACGUGAAUCUAAGCCGAGUUGGCCAGGGUUGGAACCCUGACUUCAUCUGCUCCAUUAUACUCGACUUUCUUUAGUGGGUGAGGUUAAGUAAAUUCACAAAUUUCUAAGUAGCGCGCGGAUGUUUUUCUUAUAAUACUAAUUCGCGACACAUUUAGAUCAAUUGAAUAACCUUUAAGCUAACCCAUUUCAUCAACUGUCAUGUUUUAGUCAUUAUAAACAGUCAUCCAACAUGUUUUGCCAUUAAACAUUCAAAAAUUCAUUAUCGAUUUUUAUUGAUUUAUUUGAAUGCUACCACGUUUUAAGUUUUCGGCGUGUGGUGACCGUCGUAUAAAGAUAUAACUUGUUAUCCUUUUUAUAACGGAUUUGUAAAGAAAAUCAAAAUAUAUCAAUGUUUUUAAACCUUUUCCAUCUCUAACAUUCCUUCAUGGUAAAUAUUACAAAAUUCUGAAUAAUUGCUUGAAUGAAAAAUUUACAAGAUUUCAUGUAGGAUAGUGAAAACUUGAAUUACUUGUUAAACCGUGCUUAUUACUUCUGCAUUAGUUAUGCCUUAAUUUUGCGCCAAAAGUGGGAUAUUUUAAUGUGUUGGCCUCAUAGAUGUAGGUUUACUUUCCGGCGACCUCAACCGUGGGCGUUAUUCUGAAAUGAAAACACUGGGCACUCCUUUGUUACAUCUUCUUUUUCUGGAAAGCCAUUCUCGCGUGAAAUUUGCAAUAUUCGCGGCGCGAACUUUUCAGUAAGAGAGUAUGUUUUCCAUAUUUUUCCCCUUCAUCUUGUGAAGAUUGUCAGGAAACGCAUUUCCGAAUCGUGUCAUUUAUACCUCGUGAGUGACUGGGCUCAUUGUGGCCUCGUUGAUCGAAAGAUAUCACUGGCAAGUUUUGCGAGGGUGUUUGCAUGAUUUAUCACUCUCAUAUUGAGACUGAUUUCACCCCGUUUAGUUCAUGAAUGAUUAUGUAAAACGAUCAUUGGGGCUAUAAAUCUGUUUCCUUCCCCCCUGACCACCCCUUCUUCCACAACUUCUUUUAUUAGUAACAGACGGUUACAUAUUACUUCUUUUACUACUUCAAAUCUCUUCUACAGAACGAACAAACUAAAGACGCUUUUGCAUAAUUAUAUUUUCAAGAUGUUUCUGUUAAAAUUUGUACAUAAUAACGCAUAAAAAGUGCUGUUUGUACAUUAUGAUUUCACAAAUAUUAUUCAGACUGUAUCUAUUUGUAUCAAAUAAUUUGCUUAUAUGGCAUUCACGAUGAAACAAUUAUAUAUAACAAAUGUUAAAUUUGCAGCUAACUUCAAUGCUGUGUCGUAUUUCAGAAGAACCGUGAACUUAACGAAGUUUCAUUCAAAUAGAAGUAUGUCAUUGGAUUGCAAAGUGCGAAAAUAAAAAGGGCAGAAAGUGUGAUUUCAUCAUGGAACUGGUUGCAAAAUCGCAGCGAUGACGUCAUACAUGUCUACAUAGUAGGCCUACUCCAGUUGGGUGGAGAUACUUUAAGUUUUAUUGUUAGAUUCGUGUAGAGCAAUAUUAUAUCACUGCUUAUUCAUGUAUAUCACUUUGAAGGGCAAUUCCCUAAUUAGCUUGGAGUACAUGGUCUGCCAACUGUGAAACUUGCAAAAAGCGCCGAUUUCGGAGGAUUUAUGAACCCGUCAUCUUGCCUUGUGCACGCUGGUACACGUUGAUUACUGUAGACAGUGAACAUUACAGCGCACAAGUCAAGUGUCAUUUGUGCGCUAUUGUUGCUAGCUAUUAGAUGAAUUAGCCCAGAAGUAUUCCGGGAAUAAGGUAUCUGUAUUAAUUAAUUUUUGUUUAUUCUUGUUACUUCAAUUUUUCAUGUGACUAAGUAUUUUGCUCUCAAUUUUCCCUUUUAUCGAUAAAUGAUAGUAGAAAUUUAAAAGUAGAAUAAAUGAUAAGCAGCAGUACUUCAUAUGAUAAACAUGGUUUCAAAACUUAUAAUCAAUAUGCUAAGUAUUUCAAUAACAGUAGUAGUAUAUUUCUAUUUCUAUUUAAUAUGCCUUUAUGUCGAUGCGUGCAAACCAGCAUCAUUUUAGUCCGUGUAUACGAUUUCUUCAAUUAAACCCGCUAGCCUUACGUGUAACCGGGAGUAAUAUACGUGUUUUUGGCAAUAUGGAUGUUACAAAAGAGAAAGUUUAUAAUUGACUUUAAUAUCUUUCUAAAAAAUGAUAUAGUCGUCUGCCGUGUCUUCAAGGUUGCAUGUUUGUGGAGUCGAUGUCAAAUUUUUCCAUUUGUGUGACCUAAAACAAAGAUAUUGGCCUACCUCUAUUUUGAAUUUUUAGUUCAUUCUAAGGUAACAUUGCCGUUUAAAUGUUGAAAUUGGCGUCUGAAAACACUGAUUCGAUAAGUUGGUUUGGUAGCUGUUGUCAAAUGUUAUAGUAAAUCAGUGAUGCAGGAUUAUGAGCUCGCCCUCAGAAUAAUGACGUCAUGAAUGACGUUACCUGCUCCACGAAGAUUGGAAACUAAACAAAGGCCCGUGGUAAAUGAAAGAAUAAAACCGCAUGAUCAGUUCGAAUAUUACGAAAUGAUAUCAAACUCCUAUCUGAAUUCCUAAAAAUGAUUGUACUUUAUGAUUACUUUGAUUGUUUGCCUCAUAUCAAACUACGAAACUGUGGACAUUUGGAAUGGUCCAGAAUUGUGAUGAAAGUUUUCGCUAUUUUUGCUUUCAACUACUAUCAUUCGAUGUGAUGUUGUAAGAUUUACUGUUACUAUAACCCGUUUUGCUUAUUGUGGUUAAUUUUAAAAAUGGAUAACUGAUUCAAUUUCAAAAUAAUAAAUUGAAUUGUGAUCUCGAAA